AAUUCAAAACAUUAUUGUAACACAUGUGGAAAACACAUAUUUUAUGACUUUUUCAUUUAUAAAAUCUUCUAAGAACCCAUUCUUUUACCAGUUCAUUCAUCAUCAUCUUCCAUGGCAUCCAUGUCUUCUUUGAAAAUGAUUUCUUCCCCCAAACUUUCCUACUCAAGUUCUACCUCUCCUCUUCAAACCCAAAACCAACUAGUUUCUUCUAGGCUCUCUCUAUCCUUCCCAAGUAAAAAUUUCAACACUUCAACCACCCAACUAGUAUCUACUAAAUCCACAAGAACUUCAAAGAACUCCACAACCACUGCAUUCUUCUUCAAUAAGCAAAAGGAACAUCAAGAAACUUCAAAGCCAGCUAAAGUUCAAGAACUGUUUGUGUAUGAGAUCAAUGAACGUGAUAGAGGAAGUCCUGCAUAUCUUAGACUAAGUCAAAAAUCAACAAACUCUCUUGGAGAUUUAGUACCAUUCAGCAACAAACUGUACUCAGGAAACUUAGAGAAAAGGCUAGGAAUAACUUCAGGCUUAUGUAUACUGAUCCAACAUGUACCUGAGAAAAAGGGUGAUAGAUAUGAAGCUAUUUACAGCUUCUACUUUGGUGAUUAUGGUCAUAUAGCAGUUCAAGGACCUUAUUUAACAUACCAAGAUACAUAUCUAGCUGUAACAGGUGGUUCUGGAAUCUUUGAAGGUGUUUCUGGCCAAGUUAAACUUCAACAACUUGUGUUCCCAUUUAAGCUAUUCUACACUUUUUACUUGAAGGGUAUUGCUGAUUUGCCAGCUGAUUUACUUGGAAAGCCUGUUGAACCAUCACCAAGUGUUGAACCUUCUCCUGCUGCUAAGGCUACUGAGCCUCAGGCCAGUUUACCAAACUUCACCAACUAAUCAUAAUGAGCUUUUAAUUUUUGAACUAAAAAUAAAUUGUAAUAGUUGUUUCUUGUUCUGUCAUUCAAUUUUAGUCUUGUUUUGUGUACUGUUUUUUAGAAGUGGAUGUGGUUCAUGUAUUAGGUUAUGUUAAUUAUAAUUGGAAUUUUAAAAUCAAUUUUUAUCAUCACUUAUUUUGAGCUUA